UGGAGAAUGUGUCUUUGCGGUAGACCCCGCCAUUGUUGCGAGCAGUUCUGUCGAAUUAUCUCCCGCAAAUUUGCUUAUUUAUUAUCUCUAAACUGCUCAAAAUGAGUUCGGAAGAAGAUGUAAUGAAAAUUGGAAAGAAGCUGAAGGAGAUGGCGUCUUCGGAGACGGUUGAACAAGGUCCAGCUCAAGAUAUGUUGGAUACUUUGCGUGGCAUGAAAAUGAACAUGAAGGUCUUGCAGAAAACCAGAAUCGGCUUGACGGUCAACUCCUUCAGGAAGGCGUGUGAGACGGCAGGGCUGGAUUCCUUGGCCAAACAGUCGAAGGCUCUGAUCAAAGACUGGAAAAAAUUACUUGACCAAGGCAAUGCCAAGGGUGGCGAUGAUGACAAUAAGGCUCUGAAGAGAGAAGACAGUAUAUCGAGUACGUCUGGUGAAGUGUCGUCCAGGAAAUCAUCGACAGAUACACCACCACCAAAACAGUCGUCGUUCUCUUUGAAGAAUUCGGACACAACAGACAGUGUGCGGUUAAAAUGUCGUGAGAUGUUGAAAAAUGCACUUGUCUUACCAGAGGGGACUCCAUUGGAAGGCGCAAUGGAUCCAGAAGAAAUCGCCAUUGCCAUCGAGGAUUCCAUUUAUACUGAGAUGAUGAACACAGACAUGAAGUAUAAAAACCGGGUGAGAAGUCGAAUUGCCAAUCUGAAAGAUUCCAAAAAUGUACAACUGAAGGAAAAUGUCUUGCUUGGCAACAUCAGACCUGAGAAAAUUGCUGUCAUGACUGCCGAGGAGAUGGCCAAUGAUGCCAUGAAAAAACUGAGAGAGAAAUUUACGAAAGAGGCCAUUAAUGACCACCAGAUGGCAGUUCAAACAGGCACGCAGACCGAUUUAUUAAAGUGUGGGAAAUGUGGCAAGAGGCGGUGUUCUUAUAACCAGGUUCAGACAAGGAGUGCUGAUGAGCCUAUGACGACAUUUGUUUUCUGUAAUGAUUGUGGUCAUCGGUGGAAAUUCUGUUAAUUCAGUGUCCGGCUUGAGGGUUGUUUUCGUGUGCAUCAUACAAUGACAGUGUACAUGCACCUUACUUCAAAAACAGAUUGACUUCAUCCUGAGAUCAAGUUUCUGUACUUCUGUGGAGAAAUUUGUGUGGCAGUGAUGCGAUGUACAGGUGUUGUGAACAAACCUUUGGCUAUGUUUGUGAAAUGUGUACGUGUGUCUUUUUUAAAAGGUCUUAUUCAGACUUAUAUACUGGCAGUUUAUUGUACAUAUUUUGCAGAAAUGUUCACAGUAGGAGUAAUCAGGUGUUGCUGGGGUUCUGUCUAGAAUAGACGUUGAACUGUCUACCUCCGACAACUUUUGGUUCUGUAAAAUAUGUCUGCAGGCAUACAGAUAGACUGUCUCAGAAAAAACCAGCACAAAAUAGGUUAUUUUUGUGUAUGUCCAAACCCUUUGCUACAAUUGUUUUCGUUGUGAAAUGGAUGUAUAUACACCGAGGUCACACACAAAUGUAACUAGUUUCUGUGUAACUAUGUGCUGAAUUAAAGUGUGGAAAAAAUGGACUUAUUUCCAGGAGAUAAAAGAGUUGAGUUGUUGCAUGCAGCAGACUUGAACAAAGUUUUUAAAAUUGACUUCUUAUUUUCUAUUGUCUCAAUUGGCUAACAUAAUGACAGUUACCGUACUAAUAAGUGUCAAAUUUGAUUAAAAAAAUUUUGGAAAGCAUUUCAUUUGGCAAUCAGAAGCUGGAAUCUUCAUGAGCUGACCUGCAUUUGAUAAACCACAUGUCUUUUACAAAACAAAGUUUGUAAAUUUUUGACAGUAAUACUGUUGUGUCAAGACAUCUUGACAAUGUAAUUCUAUUGGUUACAAGUGAAUAAAACGUCUGUCUCUGUCUCAUGAUUAA